GACUCGGGCAACCUUUUCUUCACUAUAUCAGAUGUUGCUACCUUUACUGUGACACUGUGUUUUCCAUUUAGAUUUCCAACCCAACCCAGACCAAUUCCUUCAGCGACACUGCUGUCUGUGCUGUCGCCCGGUUCUCCUACUACAUAUACAAUCUUCUUCUUCCUCUCUUACUUAAUUAAACAUAGCAUGAGCAGAGAGGAAAUGGUGGUUGUGUAACCAAAAGGGACAAUGGUUAAGCAGACUCAGGACAAGACAGUCUCGAAUACAGCAGGAUCAAGGGCCGCGAAAGAAGACCAAUUGAGAAGAUCCGCCUUCCUCUCUAAUUCUAUCCCAAAAGCGCCAGCUGAAAAUGGACGAUCAAGCAGUAUGGUCAUUAAGAAAGUCCAUACCGUUAUUCCUGCACACAUCGUAGCAGAGGCCAUAUCAACACUCCGCGGGCUUGACCUCAGAUGGUCGGGGCCUAUCACCCCGACAGAGAUGCAAUACGUUGAGCAAUACGUUCUGGCGAAGUACCCUCAAUACGCAGGGCUAGUUGAAGGGAAAACCAUAGAUCUCUCCAGUCUCUGUAUCAGCGAAGAAUCAUCUGAACCCACACUUGAUGAUAAGAAAAAGUCACCUCGGGGUGGUGUUAGUGUUAGAGAACCCACCACGCCAUCCUAUGGAAGCAGCCACCCAGACCUGGACAGGACCCAGCUGGAGCCAUCAAGACUGCAGGAGAUCCUCGCCACAAAGUCCUCCUUCCCGGGGAGUUUCAUCUCGAUCCCUGAAAUUCAAGCCAGGAAUAAAGUUCUGAAGCACUGUGGGUUACCGGUUGACGAUGAUUAUCUGGUUCUCUUCGCUCCAAGCUACAAGGAUGCUAUGAUGUUAGUAGGGGAGAGCUAUCCUUUCUUCAGGGGCAACUUCUACAUGACUAUCAUCAAGGAAGACGGGGAUUACAUAAAAGAGUUUGCAGUGUACAAGGAAUCAAAAGUGAUUUCUGCACCAGAGACAUGGUUGGAUUUGAGGAUCAAGGGAUCGCAACUCAGCCAGUAUUUCCGGCGCAAGUGCAAGCACAGUCCCAAGGGCCUGUUUUCGUACCCAGCGGACGUGAAUGGGACUCGUUACUCCAUGCACUGGGUUUCAGAAGCCCACAGGAACUCAUGGCACGUGCUCCUGGAUGCAACCGCAGUGGUCGUAGGGGGGGAUCAGUUAAGUCUAGCACUUCACAGGCCUGACUUUGUUUUGUGCAAUCUUGAUAAUAGGUCUGCUACUCCUUCAAGGGUCAUCACUUGCCUUCUAGUCAGGAAAAAAUCUUUUGAUACUUCACUUCAGUAGAGAGAGAGAGAGAGAGAGACCUAUCAAUUCUCAAAAGGCAUAUAUAUAUAUAUAUAUAGUUGCAUGCAAUUCACAAUAUAUACACAUUUAAUCUGGUUAUAGCAUAGCACACAUGUAUAUAACAUUGCCUGCAAUUUUGGCCCGCGUCCAAAGGAUGACAAUAUAUAUCAGACAGAAUAUCAGCA